CUCAAAAUACUUGCCUAUGCAGACAUUGUUUUUCUCCAUAACUCUGACGACCUCCAGCGAGCUACGACGCAUUUUGACACAUACUCCCCGCAAGGUCAACUUCCAGAAACCCACGCAAGCGCCUUGUCUGGUAAUCCGUCUCCAGAUUGGCAACAAGAACACGCAUCAUAUGGUAUCACCUCCUGGUAUGACAGAACAGCAGCUGGGGCACUUUAUUUCUGCGCUACCUAUUGCACUCAGCGAUCGAUCAGCGCGACGCUUUUCUCGGUCCGUUAA